UUCCAACUUUAGUAGCCUUGGCUCUCUAUUGCGCAGUGGAGGAGCCCCUUCCCUCUCUCUAUCUCUCUUUUGACUGAGAGGACCAACAAAGAGAAGGGGAAGAAGAAGAAGAAAAAAAUGGGGAGAGAGUUAUUAUAUUUACCCUGUUUGGCCAUGAUAGUGGCUCAGUUUUGUUAUGCAGGAAUGACCUUGACAUCAAAGCCAGCCUUGGAUACUGGCAUGAACCCAUUUGUUCUUGUUGCUUAUCGACAGAUUUUCGCAGUUGUUUUUCUAUCACCAUUUGCUUAUUUCUUGGAAAGGAAAACCAGACCAAGGAUCACCUUACAAAUUCUUUGUCAGAUUUUCCUAAGCUCCAUAUUUGGGGCGACCUUGAACCAGUGUCUUUAUUUUCUUGGACUCAAAUAUUCUACACCAAUAAUAGUAUGCGCAUUGAACAAUUUGUUACCAGCAAUCACCUUCAUCAUAGCCAUUCCUUUUGGAUUGGAGACAGUAGGGAUCAAGAGAAGAUCAGGGCAGGCUAAGGUAGUUGGAACAAUAUUAUGUGUUGGUGGGGCCAUGUUAAUGUCAUUUUACAAAGGUAGUCUCAUCCACAUGGUGAAAUCAAGCAUCCAUUGGAGUUAUGUUGGGAAUAUGCAAAACAGAGAUUCCAGCAGUGAAUCCAACUUGUUCUUGGGGCCCUUGCUUAUAGUUGCAAGCUGCAUUGCUUGGUCACUAUGGUUUAUAAUCCAAGCUAAAAUGAGCAAGACAUUCACAGCUCCUUACUCAAUCACAGCUUUAAUGACUUUGAUGGCAAGCAUUCAGUGUGGAGUCGUUGCGAUAUGCGUAGAACACAAUAUCUCUGGAUGGUCUUUAAAAUCCAAUGUUAGACUCAUUGCAGCUUUAUACUGUGGAAUUGUGGGAUCUGGAAUUGGUGUAGGCCUCACGUCAUGGUGUAUAGAUAAAAGAGGCCCUCUCUAUGUUUCCAUGUUCAAUCCACUAGUGCUUGUCAUUGUUGCCAUUAUAGGUUGGGCAAUACUCAGUCAGGAAUUAUAUGUUGGAAGUGCUUUAGGAUCUGUACUGAUAAUUGUGGGACUCUAUGCUGUUCUAUGGGGGAAGGAGAAAGAGAUGGAUCAGAUAACCAGAGACAAUGAAUUGAGAUUAGGAGAUGAACCUAAAGAGAAUGAAGAUGUGGAAUUACCUGUGUAUUCAAAUGGAACUGAAGUCAAGGUUAAUGUGGGAGAAGAAAUGAAGACUGGGUAACUGAGAGAGAAGUUCCCAGCUUUCAAAUGCUAGAAGAGGAAUUCAAAAGGGGGAAACAAGAAAAGGAAGAUUUUUGUAAUUCCUCUUUUAGGGUUUAUGGGGUUUUAGUAAAAUGAUAAUUAGUGUUGUAUGUAGAAAGAUCCAAUUGGAGGUUUGGUUAAACAUUUGAUGAUCUUUAAUGAAUACCAUUGGUUGUCUUAA